GGCAGGUCAGUCCUCGCGCAAAGCCGUGCGAGGCCAUCGUGGACGCUAAGGCUCCUUCACAGCGACUACCAUGUCCAUGUUCUCUUCGAUAUUCUCAACAUCUGCCCCGAAUGAUCCCAAGGCGGCCAACUUCCACCCAGUCUCAUCCAGGUACAGCGCCUCGGACUUGUUUGGAGAGCUCGAGCCCAAGGAUACUGAGUGGACGUGCCCUGGAGGGUUCGCGGUCGAGACGCAGACCUGGUAUAACCAGCUCGAGGAUGGCACCUCUCUGAUGUGCCAGGUGAUCCACUCUGCAGUCGGUGUAUGGUAUCCUACCAUCCAAUUCACCUGCAAACUGUACAACCCUGCGACGAAGGAGCGCAUCUGGAAAUCCAUCAACGUCACCAACUUUGUCACCCCUCCACCCGGUCUCGACAAACGCUCGAGCAAGGCGGAUGAAUUUUCUAUCACACACCACUCAGACCCAGGGUCCGACCACCCCGAGUCCUACCACAUCCGCGUCAACCUCUCCGAUGACUUGCAGAUCUCGCUCGACGUUAAGCGCCCUGCUUCUGCACCUGGCUGGAAGGUCGGCAAGGGUCCGAAGGGCGGCUUUUCCUAUUUCGGGUACGAUCUCGAGAACCCGGAUGGCUAUGUGGUCCAUCGCUUUUGGCCGUGGGACUACGCGACGGGUACGAUCAUCCGGAGUGGACGCGCACAGUCGGUGCAAGGCCCAGGUAUGUUUGUGCACGCGAUUCAGGGCAUGCGUCCGAAUCUCGUCGCGGCACGAUGGAACUUUGCGCACUUCACAAGCCCCGAGUACGGUGGUUGCAGCGCGGUGCAGAUGGAGUUCACGACAACGGACUCGUACGGGCGCCAUGGAUCGGGUUCCGGGUUCGUCGCGGUGAAUGUCGGCUCGCUCGUGCUCGGAGGCAAGCUAGUGGCCAUCACAGCGGAGACAAAGUGGCCUGAUGAGGCGCUUCCUGAUAGCGAGGGUGUGAUAUCGCGCGCGGUGCACACGAAGCUCGCACACGAUCCUGACACGAGUUAUGAUGCGCCGAUGGAGUUGGUCUUCCGCUGGGCAGGGCCGUCGCUCCUGCCAGAGGCACCGGGUGCCCUCGACGCGACGCUCACAGUCGAUGUCGGCCCUCCUAGCUCCUACAAAGGGCUGAUCGAGAAGGUGGAUGUCCUGGCGGAGAUCCCGUACGUCAUCAAAACGAUGGUGAACUACGUCGCAGGCACGAAGCCCUACAUAUACCAGUGGUUCAAUCCCGCCAAGCUGAACGUACAGGUCCCUAGUGGACUACUACCCGACGUAUCUGGGACGGUGGAAAUCAACGGCACCCUCUACAAUGAGGCGACCUUCAUCUCGUAGAUCCACUGACGAUCAUGAUCAUACCUCCUCUCCACGACGCACUAAAUGCUGAUACCUUGUCGACAGUAGACGGAAUUGUAAUCAUGUGUAUAUCUAGCGACUUUAUGCUUGAACGUGAUCGACGUCAAGUUCUGAACCUCUGCAUGUUGCAC